AUGUCCGGUGUUGGCGAUCCGGUAUCACCGCAACAUGUUGCGAUUUUAGAAAUGUUUUCUAGAACUAGAAAAAUGAUGGCUUUGGCCUUACCUCCGCUAGAUAGUGGAUCUAGUUCGGAGUCGGAAAUAGAUGAACAAAAUAUACCAGAGAUUGACAGGCUCUUGGCAGAAUUUGAAGAAGAGAAUGAAAACAAUGAUUGGAAUGAAGAAGUGUUUGAAGAAUUUGACGCUCAGAUAGUACCAGAAGAAACUGAGAUGUUAAGAGAUGAAGCUGUUUCAGAAAUAAGUAUUCAUUUACCAUCUCCAAAUCAAGUACCAAGUCCUGCAACACCUCUUCCAACAGCAUCAUUAUCUGUAACACCCGUAAGUUCAUCAUCACGGCGUUCAGCUCGAGUUCAUAAAAAAACAGUAAUUGAAACUCCGGUCAUCACUCCUGUUCACCAUCCAAAAAAAAAAGUGCCGUUGAAACAUAUAGAUUUCAAUUGGAAAUCAAUAAAUAAAUUUAAUUUUGGUGUUGAGGCUCCAGUUGAACAAAACUAUAUUAUUAACGAUACUAUUUUAACGCCCUUAGAUUACUUUAUGAAAAUUUUUUCUAAUGAGGUAAUCAAAUUGUUAGUUGAACAGUCUAAUUUGUUUUCAAUCCAAAAAUUUUCGAAACCUCUUUCUACAACUCCUGAAGAAAUGAAAGAUUUAUUAAGUAUUAAAUUAUGGAUGGGUAUAGUUAAAAUGCCGUCAUAUACUGAUUAUUGGGCACAAGGCACUAGAUUUGGACCCAUCGCAGAUAUUAUGCCACUAAAAAAAUAUCAACAUAUAUUACGAUGCUUACACCUAACAAAUAAUGAAUAUGAUAACAACACCGAUCGAUUUUUUAAAGCAAGGGAAUUCAUUGAAAAAAUUCGUAUUAACUGUUUAAAUAUUUCUCAAGGAAAUAAGUUUUCAAUAGAUGAAAUGAUGGUGCCAUACAAGGGCAAAAAGGCUGGUUCACGUAGGCAAUAUAUGAAAAAUAAACCGAAGAAGUGGGGCUUUAAACUAUUUGUCCGUGCUGGAAUCGAUGGAAUGGUGUAUGAUUUUUUCCCAUACUCUGGCGAAAAUACAUUCCAGAAUGUACAGUUUUCCGAUUAUGAAAAUAGUUAUUUCGGUUUAGGACCAAAAGUAGUUAUUGUAUUAUGUAAAACUAUCCCUAAUAAACCACUCAACAUGAAUAUGGCAUUCUUUAGUCUUGGAACAUUAAGAAAACAACAUUUACGUGGAUGUGAUAUAGACGAUAAGAAAUUAAGUAAAAUGCCACGGGGUACCUUCUUUAGCCAUUUGGCAAGCUCUUAUGCAGGGGAAGAACCCGUACAAACAAUUCAAAGAUAUUCAAAAACCGAAAAAAAAAAAGUGCCUGUCCCUUAUCCUAAAAUAGUACAGGAAUAUAAUACUCAUAUGGGUGGUGUUGAUCUUGCAGAUAUGUUUAUAGCGCUUUACCGAACUAACAUGAAAACACACAAAUGGUAUAUGGCAUUAUUUUCGCAGAUGUUAGAUUUAUCUGUAAAUAACGCCUGGCCAAGAGUUGGUCGUCCUUCUUCUUCGAUAACAAAAGAAAAACAAAAAGUAAAAAUAGUUCAAACACCGGUUACACCAAGGCCUCCACAAGAAGUGAUUCAAGAUAAAUUAGACCAUUGUCCAGCAUUUACUACAAAAGGCAGAUGUAGGUAUUGCAAAUCAGGCCAAACUUCUGUCAUAUGUCUUAAAUGUAAAACUCGUCUUUGUUUUGUGGAAGGAAGAAAUUGUUUCCAAAACUUUCACUACACAAAAUAA